AUGUCGUCUUUGCCAGGAACGGUUCCGCGGAUGAUGCGCCCGGGUCCCGGACAGAACUACCCCCGUACCGGAUUCCCUCUGGAAGUGUCCACUCCUCUGGGUCAGGGACGAGUCAACCAGCUCGGGGGGGUCUUCAUUAACGGCCGGCCGCUGCCCAACCACAUCCGACACAAGAUAGUGGAGAUGGCCCACCACGGGAUCCGGCCCUGCGUCAUCUCCCGACAGCUGCGGGUCUCCCACGGCUGCGUCUCCAAGAUUCUGUGCCGCUACCAGGAGACCGGAUCCAUCCGGCCUGGAGCGAUAGGAGGCAGCAAGCCCAGGCAGGUAGCCACGCCGGACGUGGAGAAGCGGAUAGAGGAGUACAAGCGGGACAACCCCGGAAUGUUCAGCUGGGAGAUCCGAGACAAGCUGCUGAAGGACGGCGUGUGUGACAGAAGCACAGUCCCUUCAGGUGAGGCCUCCUCCGUGAGCUCCAUCAGCCGCGUUCUUCGAGCUCGCUUUGGGAAAAAGGACGAUGAGGAGGAGUGUGAUAAAAAGGAUGAAGACGGAGAAAAGAAAACCAAACACAGCAUCGACGGGAUCCUCGGAGACAAAGGCAGUCGGAUGGAUGAAGUGUCGGACGUGGAGUCAGAGCCAGACCUCCCCCUGAAGAGGAAGCAGCGCAGGAGUCGGACCACAUUCACAGCAGAACAGCUGGAGGAGCUGGAGAAGGCUUUCGAGAGAACCCACUACCCAGACAUCUACACCAGGGAGGAGCUAGCCCAGAGAACCAAGCUCACUGAGGCCAGGGUCCAGCAAUGUGGAUCAGUCAAGACCCAGGACAACCAAGAGAGUGAGAAACCAGUAUGGCAUGGAAGCCAGCACAUAUCUGCCACUGAGGUGUACCUGCAGACCUCUAUGUGA